UCACUCACUGAACUGACUGUACACGUUGUAUCGCGUUUGAUUGCGAUAACGUGUAAAGCCGGUGUUUGAAACUUACAUUUAGUUGCGUUGGAGUUUGAUUCAGGGUGCAUUCGAUUUUAAUCAGCUAUUUGUUUGGACAAUUGACUAGAUUUAUACCAUUUUAAAUAAUAGUUUCACGUAACUGUUACUCUGUCGCAGAAUAAAUUAUUGGCAGUGUCAGUAGGUUUAUGUUGAUUGUUGAUUACUUGUUAGGCCAGGACAAGAUAUUUGAAUAGUUCAUAUAAUUAAAAAUAUAUUCAACUAACUAUGACAACACCAAUCAAGAUUGGAAUCAUUGGAGGGUCAGGAUUGAACAAUCCUGAUAUCCUGGAAGAAGCCAAGGAGAUCUUUGUUGACACUCCUUUUGGUGCUCCAUCCGAUUGCCUCAUAGUAGGCAAGAUCAAGGGUGUGGACUGUGUGUUGUUGGCAAGGCACGGCCGUAAACAUACUAUAAAUCCAAGCAAUGUGAACUACCGAGCAAAUGUAUGGGCUCUUAAAGAACAAGGCUGUACACAUAUAAUCACCUCUACAGCUUGUGGUUCUUUGCAAGAAAAUGUGCCCCCAGGAGACCUCAUGUUGUUGGACUCCUUCAUUGACAGGACAAGAACAAGGAUCCAGACCUUCUUUGAUGGAAGUAAGGAGGGUUUGCCCGGGGUCUGUCACAUUCCGAUGGAACCCGCAUUUUGUAACUGUACGAGACAGAUAAUUCUUGAAGCAGCAGCAGACCUGGGUAUCAAAAUCCAUCCAAGCGGCACAGCUGUUGUUAUUGAAGGGCCUCGUUUCUCAUCGAAAGCUGAGAGCAACCUUUACCGUUCUUGGGGAGCGCACAUGGUCAACAUGACCCUAGUACCGGAAGUAGUUUUGGCGAAGGAGGCUGGUUUGAGUUACGCAGCGAUUGCAAUGGCCACUGACUACGACUGCUGGCGUGAGCAUGGAGAUGGCGUUUGUGUAACUGACGUCUUGGCCACGUUCAAGAAAAACGUUGAAAAGAUAACGAAACUUUUUGUGGCUGUCGUUCCGAAAAUAGCGGACAGAAAGUGGGAUGAUGUGAUCAAAAAGAAUAAGGAAAUUGUGGAUACAAGUGUCAUGAUCCCACAGGAACCAACUUCAAAAUCUGCCAAGUAAUUAUUUCGUGUUUAGUAAAAUGAUACAGUUAUAUACCACCGCUAAUAAUCUACUAAAGGGCCAUGACACAGAAAGUGUAUCUCAGUGCUAGUGGAAAGAUACAUCGAUACACUGCCGUAGUCUUUUUGGAAGUAGGGCUUCAGAACUUUCUUUCAAAGAUUAGUUUUCUGAAGAAAGAUUUUGUUUGGAAUAUAAUUAUAACUGUAUAUAGAAUCAGAUUCAGUUGUGAUUUAUUUGAGUCAAGAGUGGGGUUUUAUUUCAUAGCACUUUCGUCGUCAACAUAUUCAAGAGAAGGAUCCCAGGGUCAAGCUUCUUUACCAAAACCAUCAAGGGAACAUAAUGAAAAGCUCUGUUAGUGUAUAUUUACUUUUAGUGUUGAAUCAGAUAGAACAUUUUUUCAGUUUUAAAACUGAAAAACAAGUAUUCUGCUUCAUAAAAUAUAGAUUGUACUAAUUAUUUCAAUGGAAAGGAAACAUCAAAUCAAUCAAUCUUAGGGUGUUUGCAAUUGAUUCAUUGGUGAGCCAUGAUAUAUUCAUGCAAUAUCAGAUAUUACAACAAUCAAAGUCAUUGUAGACUAGUCAAUUGAAUUAUUUAGUUUGUUUUCUUUUUAACAAACUAUUUUUAUGAUAAUAAUUAAAUAGAAUGUCAUAGAAAUGAUCA